UUUGUUUAUCUCGGUAGUGAACGCCCGCCAGGGAAGUCCUUCCCGUUAAAUUUGAAAACUAUCGAGUAAAAUCACCCCUCUAUUUCACUCUCCUGUGGCUGUUGGCACUUAAGAAGGUGAUACGAAGUGGUAAACCAGUACUGUAUACUAAGUCUUCCCGUCAGUUCACUAACAGCAAUCAUGGAAAAUACAGACACUGCCCAGCUCAAACUUCGUCUAGAGGAAUCGGAGAGAAAUCUUAUAACAGCUGCAAAGUAUGGCAAGCUUCUGUUGGAAGAAAACCAUGAACUUCAUGUGAAAUUGGAAGAAACAAUCAAAGAAUAUUCAAUGAAAUUAGAGUCUCUGGAGCAAGAGAAGCACGCUGUAUCCCUUAAAUACGAAACCAAAGUUCAGAAUGAACUUGCUCUCAGUAAUGAACUUGAUCAGCUUCGUGAGCAGCAGGAGAGCACGGUCAACUCAGAGGUUUCACGCGUCACUCAAGCCCUCGAGAAAGAAGCACAGAGGUUGAAUAGAAAGGUUACUGUCGUCGAAGAAGCACUGGAAAGAGAGCAGACAGAGAACCAGCAAAACAAAGAGCGCAUAGCAUUAUUAGAAGCACAAGUUAAAGAAGCCCAAGAAAGACUUGACAUCUCAAUACAAGAUCAAUCUGCUGAUGAAACCUCAGGUGCUUUACAGAGUCAAAUUUUGGCAUUAGUUUGUGAAAAACAAGAUUUGGAGAGUCAAGUUUCAUCAUUGAAAGCACAGGUGAAGACAAGUAAUUUGAAAUGUUCUCAAGCUGAAAAAAAUGUUGAAGCAUUAAGAAAAGAGGUGGAAGACUUGGAAUGCCAAUCUACUUCUUACUUUAAUGCUUUGGAGCAAAACAAGGAAGAGAUCAUGGAAUUGAAGAUGGAAAUUGAGGCUCUUAAAUAUGGAGAAACUGAUCCAGGUAAAAAGGGCAAUUCACUCUUUGCUGAGGUUGAGGAUCAACGACAGGCUGUAGAGAAGCAGCUGCAGGAGUAUAAGAGUAGCUAUAAUUUACUGAAAAAGCAGUGUGAAGUGAAAACUCAGCAAGUAAAUAAAAUGAAGCUACAGCUGGCUAAUCUGCUGAGUUUGAGCAGCAAUAGAGUUGAUACGGAAUACCUUAAUCAUCUAGAGGAGUCAUUAGCUCUUGCUAGAACUCAGUUGGAAGUGUUAACAAAAGACUCGGAGAGCCUUAAAGCCAAGCAGAAUGAAGUUGUUUCGCCACAGGUUCAACGUAUUCAGCCUGUACCUGAGGUUGCACCCACAGAUGAUCAACACAUGACUUCAUUUUUUAAGAAUUUGUAUACAGAGAGCCAAAAGAAAGUGGAAGAACUUGAGGAAGCUCUUAGAGGUGCUCAGUUUAAUAAAGUGGCCUUGAGUGAUCGGAUCCUUCAGUUGCAACGGAAGCUUCGUCAAUCAGAGGCAACCAGAGAUGCCACUAAUUCAAAAUUGAUUAUUUUGCAAGUUAAACUGGAUGAAUUAGCUGCCAAGAAAGGGGAGAGUGUUUCUAAUGCCUCCAAAAGAGUUAAGCAGGUAACUGAGAAGAUACCAGGUUUUGAAAACCUGAAAAAUGAUGUCGCAAAGGAUACGGCAAGUGAAAUGGAUCCAAGGCCUCCACUGCUGGAAAAGCAGAUUGCAAGUAAUCCUUUACCUGAAGAUACGCUAAAGAGAAAGGAUGACUUUUGUGCAGGCGUUGAAAAUAAGAAUGAGACAGAUAAGCUAGAAGUAAUGCAAGAUAAUCAGGAGAAUUCAUCAAUCAUGUGUAGUUAUGAUCAAAAAAAGAAAGCCAAGAAGUCUGUUCGUAUGACUGAAACAGUAGUUGUUCAAGAAGGUAAUGGGGAGGUUCAGGAAGCUCACCUGAAGAGAGAUGAAGGAAUAAAGCCGCCGCAGAGGACUAAGGUUUUGAGAAAAAUGGAUGCUCCACUGGUGAAGGUAUCUAGUGGAGGACAAGAAAAUGAAUGUAAACAGCAAUAAUAUUUAAAAUUUCUCUUUAUUCUUUCGUUUUAAAUUUUGUAUAUGACCGAAUUUUAUUUUUUUGACUUCAUUUUUAGUGUUUUUCAUACUUUCCCUUUACUUUUAGUUUCUUCUCAUGUAACAUAUCUUUUCAUUCCUUCACUUUUCAACAUGUGAAAUUUUAUUACCUUGAAAAUAACUCGAGAUGUCAAAACUUCAGCUACUCUGCCCAUUUAAGCUGAUCUUCAUUUUGUUGCAAUAACUUGAAUAUUAAAAUAUUGAACAAUGGAACUUGUUUGUUCCAUAACUGUUUAAAUCUAGAGUGUACAUAGUAUGUAAAUUUUAUAUAUUUUCUUUAUAUCUAAGUAUUGCAUGUUUAAAAAAGGCACAGAAAUAUGAUUAUGAACAUAUACAUAUGGAUAACCAAUUAUGUAGUCUGUCCUGAAACAAAAUUGGUAUUCAUGAUUCUUUGUGUGUCUUCAUUCAAACAGUAUGUAGAUGAGUGCAUGUUGAAAGUGUAUAUGAUAAUAUUAAUUUAAAAUAUAUUCAGUGGAAAUGAAGUACUGUUUCUAUUCAAAACUUGUUUUCUUAGUUUGAUAAAAACAUAUAAAUUAUGCUAUCCUUACCUACUCAGCAGUGCAGCUAAGGACAGUAGUCUGUUUUUGUCCAAUGGGAAAACCAGCUUUGAAUCAAGACUGGUUUAUUUCCAUUAAAUAUAUUUAAGCUUUGCCAUAUUUGCAGUACAGAGGAAUUACUGUAGUUUCCUAUCAAUCUAUUAGGACAGUAAUUCUGUAUUGCAAAAAUUACAAAUCUCAAAUAAAUCCUGUGGAGAUAAACCACUGUCUCUAUUCAAGGCUUGUUUCCUUGGCUAGAUAAAAAAUAGGGUAUUUAUUAUUCAUGGCUCCUUUGGUGAGGAGGUAAGAAUAGUUUAGCGUUGAUUGUCAUCAAACUAAGAAAAACAGCCUGAACAGAGACUGCUUUAUUUCCAUAGAAUAUAUUUUAAAAUAAUUUAAUAUACAUUUUCAAUGUGCUUUCGAGUUCAUUUUCGUGUUGGGAUCUCCUCUAUAAACCUGUAUAUCUACCUUGAAGGAAAAAAUAUUUAACAAUAAGUUUUUAAAGCUCUCCCUUCAUAGUUAUUGAUUUUUUAAAAAAAUUUUGCUUUCUUGAAUAUCUUUUACUUUAAAAGUUCUAUCUUCAUAAUAUUACCUUAUAUAAUACAUUAACUGAAAAUUGUGCAAUAUUUAGUAGCACCUAUUAGAAAUUAGUGGCUUAAUAUUCUUGAUGUCAGUCUGUUUAGUUUUAGAAGCAGAUGUAGGUUUACUUAUUGUUUUGGUUUUGUACAACAGUUAAUGUGGUUUUGCUUCUAAAAUGUUUACACUAAGAAUUUCAUAGUCACCCUCUCACAAUCAAGUACAAGUUGGAAAACUGUGCCAUUAUUACAAAGGUGUAUAAAAAAUAACUGAGUUCUCCUUCCUGAGACUGGUAUUUUUCAGAGUAGCAAAUUAAAUUGAAUGGUGUACCUAAAUUAUUAAUCGUGCAAAGCCUGGAUUCAUAGAUUCAUUAUUAUAAUCAAGUUGCCAGCGAAUAUCACUCAUGUAGGACAUUUUUAAGCCUCCAUAAGUUUCCUAACAUUAGCAGUCUAACCCCAUUAAAAGCUUUACUAAAUUAAUGAUGAUAAUAGUUUCUUGACGGUAUUACUUGUUGCAUGGAAUUGUUCUUGCCUACCUCAAUACUGAGAGUAAUCCUGCUUUGUCACUAUGGAUUGAUAAAUUAAGUACACAAUUUUAAAUUAGUGUAGCUUUAGAGACUAAUUGCAUUAAUGGAACUAGUAUACCAGUCAUAUAGUAUAUCAGAAAUAACAAAGGUCCCUUGCUUUAAAUGAUGAUGUAUUUUGAGGAAUAUGUAAAUUCUUUAUUCAGUCAAGGAAAAACUUUACUGGAACAAUCAUUUGGGUAAUAUUAUUUUCAUGCCCACACUAAUUUUGUGAUGUUAUGUCAAACAUUGUAUAGAUUUCAGUGUUACUGUUUGAAAGUAUUAAGAAUCCAUGUUAGAGAGAGAUAGACAGAAUAUUUUCCACAUGGAACCAAAAGUUCUCAGCAUGUGGUUAUCAUGAGUUUUAUAUGUAAAAUGUUCAGUAUACAACUUUUAGACCUUCUCUUAGUAGGUUAGUUUGUGCUGAAAUGAAACAAGUCAUGGUUCAACAUAUUUUAUCUUUGUUCUUCCCCAUUCAUAUUUAUAUAUCAUGGCUGCAUCUAGCAUGAUUAUCUGAAGUUUUUAUUUCAAGCUCAUGUUGUAAUGAACCAUAUCCCUUACCUCUGAUACCUGCUUUUUGGUCCCUAUCACAUGCAGCAACCUACUGGGUUACUGUGUUUGCUUAGAGGUAAAUAUAAUAAUAAUUGGACCAUAGUUUUUAAUUUGUAGUACAUAUUAUAUUUUGCAAUCCACUUACUUAACAGCAAUAUAAUUUUUAUUUUUAAUUACUUUUUUCAAUCCCUCUCCCUUGCACUGUGAGUUCACUUCCAUGUUCCUUAUACUUAUGUUUAUCAGUGGGAUAGAGAUAAAGUGGUAAUAGUUGGAAAAGUUUAUUUGUAGUGUCAUUGCUCCAGACUGUUUGCCAUGCUGUGUCAUGAGUAAUUAAGUAACCUUUGCUUUCAUAAUUUUGUGUAUUCAGGGACAGCAUUGCUGUUGGCCAAAACAUGUAAAUGAAAAGAAUGAAUAUGUUAAAUAGAAAAUUGUUCAGUAAAAUACGAGUAAUAUAUGUAUUAUAUAAAUUAACAACCAUUAGUGUGAAUUCAUAUAGACUUAAAAACUAGUAGCAUACCUUUUGCAUUUACAUACUCUUUCAAGUGAAAAUUGUGUAAAAUACAGUAAGAAAAUUGCUUUAAUAUGUAAAUGCUUUGGUGUACUACUCUGUAAAUUUCUUUUCAUUUAAGCAGCUGUGUGAAUAUUAAUGAAAUAUUUAUGUUGAUGAUUCUUUAGCUUUAAAAAAGUAUGCACAUUUUGAAGACAAUACAAUACAUCUGAAUGUUAUUUUGUAAGGAGGAUGAUGAUGAUGUCAUAAGAUGACAAUGGAGUAACAGCUAAAAUAUAAAAAAGCUUCAAAGGCAUCAGUUUUCACUUCAAACACUGCAUGAAAUGUCCAAAAUGCAAGUACGACUGAGCAAUUGUAAGUAUAAAAUAGUUAUCUACCAUUCUUUGGUCUCGAUUUCGCUCUACUUUUCAAGUGUUUAUAGUCUUUAACAUUGUUACCCGGUGUAUAGCACAGGUAGUUGGGAGCAAAGUAAGUAAGUGGUUCAUAUUGUGGUCCAUAGUCCUCAACAUAUCCAGUCAUCUUUUCAUACUGGUGCUCUAUCGCUUCACGGCCAAACAUACAUUCGCCAUAUACAAAACUUGCUGUAAAAUAAUGAACAGGAUAUUAAAACCAGUACUAUUAGAAUCAAAUUAUAACUAGUAAAAAAAAUUUUUUUCACAAAAUAAGAAAACAUUUAUUAAGGAAAUUAUAUUUAGUUUUUUGUACAAAGACCAAAUUACAGGUCUUUUCUCUAAACAUUCAAGCCAAUUUGAGAUGCAAGACUUGCUGAUGAGGAUAUGCUUAAGCUAGCCAUACACCUGCAGAUUUGAUCGCUCAUGACCAACAGAUAUGGAAUGCGAGAGAUGAAAUCUGCCGCUCUACUCGCCACUAACUGCGCAGACUAAAUCGCUCAGAUAUCCCAAGGUAUAUAGAGUGGUCAGGUAGAGUCAUUUGUGGGGGGUUGUGGCUUAUCCCCCGAAGAGCCGCGUCACCUGGAGGCCAGGUCAGGGCGAGAAGUCACUCAGCUACCGUUUCAUUCAAAUGUAUAUCACAGGUCACUUCAGUCAUCUCUGUAUUGAUUUAGUUUUACAUUCUUCGAAUACAACCAUACUUUUGAUUUUCUAUAUAAUUAAAUUAUUAUUUAAAUAAUGCCAAACCACUGCGCCGUGUUUGGUUGUUAUUCAAAUAGUAGAAAAAAGGAGGCGGUAUCCUUUUUCCAAUUCCCUCAUGAUGAGGAAGCAAGACGGAAAUGGGUUCAUCGUUGUAAUAGAAAGGACUACUUUAACCCUACUACUCAUCGCAUAUGCAGUAAACAUUUUGAAGAAAAUGCAUAUAAAAGAGACCUGCAGAAUGAACUUCUUGGAUCGCGAGCCCCAGCAAUGAAAUUCAGAUGUAUGAUUGUGAGGAAAGCAGUGCAGCUUCUUUCGGAAACAUCAUCUUAAGCUUUAGAUUUUUAAGGAAAUCAGGGACUUUUGACGAGCAUGUCCUGGGAAAGUACAAGGGACUUUAUAAAGCUUGCCGACUCCUGGUUUGAUGUGUUCAAUUCAAGGGUACCUUAUGACAGAAAAAAAUCUAUAAAUACUUAUGGGAUGCAACUGACGGAACAAUAAAAUCCCUUGACAAUAUGAAGUGUACUGCUGAAACAAUGCGAGUUUGCAAAAGUAAUAAGAUCUAUCAGUUCCAAAAGGGACUUAUUGUGUCAUGCAAAUCCUUGCCAAGGUUGCAUGAUAUGUUGAAAAGUAAAUAUGAUGUAUCAUACAUAAUUACCUCCAGACUUAACCAAGAUGGACUGGAAAACAUGUUUGGCUGUCUUAGACAAAUGGGUGCAACUUAUGAUCAUCCUACGCCAGUUGAAGUCAGACACAGAAUAAGGUCAUAUUUAUUUGGCAAAAUAAACUCUAUAACUGGAAAAAAUUGUAACUCGAUGAAGGAGUGCGAUCCUUCAAAUACGUCGGAAGGAAUGUUCAGUCAAGAGAAAAGUUGUAAAAAUAAUGAUUCAAAUGAAACCGAUCUUGAAAGAGAGCUUAUGAUUUCUGCAAUGAUGUUUGCCUCUACUGAAGAUGAGAAGAUGCCAGAAGAAGAUUCAGAAAACUGAAAAUGAAUUUCAUGAAAUAACUUUAGAGAAUGUUGCAGACGAAGAGGACCUUCGAUAUGUUGGAGGUUAUGUGGCAUCUAAAUUUCCAGAUUAUCAGUUCUUAGGAUGUAAACUUAAAAUAGUGAAAGGUACCUGGAUUAGUGCAGUAGAGCGACAUCAUGAUAAAUUAACGGAACCAAGUGCUGAGUUAUUUGAAAAAUUAAAGGUAAUGGAAAAAAUGUUUCAAACAUACAAUGGAGAAAAUACACAGACCAGGCAAUGGAGUAUUAUGCGACUUGGCACGUCACAUUGAAAAUUGUUUAUCCUUGCCUUUUAAAGUGAUAUUGUUUUUUGUCAGAUGGAUGUUUUUUAGGAUGAGAGCUCUGAAUGCCCAAAUUUUAUCAAGUAGGCAAAAAAAGAAAAAGAUGCACAAAUUAAUAAAUAAUGCCAUGAAAAUGUUAAAAAUUAUUGUUUUUUUCACUUUUACUAAGUAUUUUUCAUUUCCAUUAUGAAGCCAAAUACUAAGUAUUUUUCAUUUCCAUUAUGAAGCCAGAUACUGUUAUGUGUUAUCUAUGUCUAUCUAUGUUAGUUUAUUAAAUAAUGUAUUGUAAAAUUAUACAUAAGCCUUUGUAAAUAAAUGCCAGGUCAAAUGCUAA